AUGGCUGCUCAGGCAUCUGUGGCAUUGAAGAUGGCUACACCUGUGAAUACAAUGGCGUCGAGCAAGGAAGCACCUGCUUGCCAGAUUUGCCCGAUCAAUGCAUGUUCGAAUCAAGCUUCCCCACUACAACAACAGUCAGCCAGCGUCAACGACGCGAUCACGAAGCCACCCGAGAGCCGGUUGUGCUCCACGUACUCUCCCUGCAACUGCAAGCCCGGCGCCAUCCCCACCAACGAGUAUGAUCGUGAUGGCUGCUUGGUCUGCCGCUGCCUGCCAGGUGAGGCACCAAGCUCCACCACCACGAGCACUCGUCGUGUCACCACCACCACCGAGGCCCCUACCACUACCACGACCACCCGUCGUGUGACCACCACCACCGAGGCUCCCACCACUACCACCACUCGUCGUGUCACCACCACCACCGAGGCCCCCUGUCCCACGUACUCUCCCUGCAACUGCAAGCCCGGCGCCAUCCCCACCAACGAGUAUGAUCGUGAUGGCUGCUUGGUCUGCCGCUGCCUGCCAGGUGAGGCACCAAGCUCCACCACCACGACCACCCGUCGUGUGACCACCACCACCGAGGCUCCCACCACUACCACCACUCGUCGUGUCACCACCACCACCGAGGCCCCCUGUCCCACGUACUCUCCCUGCAACUGCAAGCCCGGCGCCAUCCCCACCAACGAGUAUGAUCGUGAUGGCUGCUUGGUCUGCCGCUGCCUGCCAGGUGAGGCACCAAGCUCCACCACCACGACCACUCGUCGUGUCACCACCACCACCGAGGCCCCUACCACUACCACGACCACCCGUCGUGUGACCACCACCACCGAGGCUCCCACCACUACCACCACUCGUCGUGUCACCACCACCACCGAGGCCCCCUGUCCCACGAUGAUGGCAAUCGCUUCAACGGCGAUGGCUGCUCAGGCAUCUGUGGCAUUGAAGAUGGCUACACCUGUGAAUACAAUGGCGUCGAGCAAGGAAGCACCUGCUUGCCAGAUUUGCCCGAUCAAUGCAUGUUCGAAUCAAGCUUCCCCACUACAACAACAGUCAGCCAGCGUCAACGACGCGAUCACGAAGCCACCCGAGAGCCGGUUGUGCUCCACGUACUCUCCCUGCAACUGCAAGCCCGGCGCCAUCCCCACCAACGAGUAUGAUCGUGAUGGCUGCUUGGUCUGCCGCUGCCUGCCAGGUGAGGCACCAAGCUCCACCACCACGACCACUCGUCGUGUCACCACCACCACCGAGGCCCCUACCACUACCACGACCACUCGUCGCGUGACCACCACCACCGAGGCCCCCUGCCCCACGUACUCUCCCUGCAACUGCAAGCCCGGCGCCAUCUCAGUCAUUGUGGCAGAUCGCAACGGCUGUGAGGAAUGUCGCUGUGUCGCUUCGGGCAAUCCCACGACUUCAACUCCUUCCAACAGCCCCGUAACGACGACGCGCCGUCCCGACGACAAUGUCGUUGAAAACUGCAAUUGCAAGCCCAAUGCUGUUCGGGUCUUUACCGCUUCGCGAGGUGGCUGCCCCGAAUGCAGCUGCGUUAUGCCAGAAAUUUGCCAAAAUGGACGCCAACUUGCCAACAAUGACACGUGCACUUGUGGCCGCAACUGCUGGGAGUGUGCUUUCAGCCUCGAGGGUGUUCGCGGCGAGUGCCAGGUCUGCAAAAACGGAGCUGUCUUCUUCGAGGGUGAAUGUUUGGAUGAGUGCCCGAGUGAUGACCUCGACUUCGACCUCGACUUCGACUUCGACUUCGACUUCGACUUCGACCUCCACUUCGACUUCGACCUCCACUUCCACUUCGACCUCCACUUCCACUUCCACUUCGACCUCCACUUCCACGUCUUCUCAAGAGCUGACCGACGAGCCUACAACCGAGACCUCGACUUCGACCUCCACCUCCACCUCAACUUCCACCUCAACUUCCACCUCAACUUCCACUUCGACCUCGACCUCCACUUCGACCUCGACCUCCACUUCGACCUCGACUUCAUGAGCCUACAACUGAAACGUCCACGUCCACAUCCACAUCCACUUCCACUUCCACUUCGACCUCAACUUCGACCUCGACUUCGACCUCAACCUCAACCUCAACCUCGACCUCAACCUCCACCUCCACAUCGUCGGAGGAAAUCACAGAUGAGCCAACCACAGAAACAAGCUCCUCCACUUCCACCUCCACCUCCACCUCCACAAGCACAGAAGAGGCAACCACAGAAGAGCCUCCAACGACUCGCCCGGCUUACUGUGGUCCUGAGCCCGAGUGCAGGAAACCACAACCACAUCGCGCCGUCCUAUUACGACGACCACGACCACGCGCCGCCCCGAUACUACAACGACCACUACUACGCGCCGUCCUGCUACAACGACCACCACUACACGCCGUCCUGCUACAACGACCACCACUACACGCCGUCCUGCUACAACGACCACAACCACGCGCCGCCCCACCACGACCACCACGACUCAGCGCCCUUGCCCCUCUUAUCGCCCUUGCAAGCGCCACCUGUAACUCGUGCUCCAACAACUACAACCACUGAGCGUGCGACAACCACGACCAAACGGCGCCCAGUGACGACGACCUCGACGACCACUGCACGUCCUACUACAACCACGACCGAACGUCCCUGCCCAUCGUACCGUCCUUGCAACUGCAAGGUUGACGCCGAAGCCAUCGACUACUAUUCUGAUGCUGGUUGCCGCGAGUGCCGCUGUGUGGCCAAGGGGUCGCAAGUCGGCGAUUCAGAGGCCGCUGCAGCCGACGAAGGUGACAGCUCGAGCACCUUGUUUUAUCUCAUCCCGAUCACACGACCCCAUCCCCGAUGGUUCACUAGACUCGAGCGCAGUGGCCGCAACUGUGGCUGCUGUGGGCGGCGUGGCGCUGGUGGCCUUGUUGGCCGUGGGCGUGGCCAUGUAUCGGAAACCGGCAGCAUGAGCGGCAGCGAGAGCGGUAGUGACAUGGGUUCGGACAUCAACGUUGAGGAGAUGGUGGCGCAGGUGGAGAAUGCCAUGGGCAUGCCACCGACGCUGUUCUGGGGUGGUAAGAUCUCCAAAGGCACAGAGGUGACCUGGGAGCCUGACACGCCCUUCAACAGCCUUAGCAUCACCCAGCUGGCCUUGGACCCGGCUGCCAAGUCCAAGACGGUCGUGGUGCAGGUCUCCGUUGAUGGUCCCGACAGCGAGCCGGCCAGCUUUGUGCUCUCCACCCUCCGCCCAGGCCACAUUGACCAGCACACGUUGGACCUGGUCUUUGAUGACGCCGUGACUUUCAGCAUCAAGCAGGGUGAUGGCCCUGUCCACAUCAUCGGCAAUGAGCUGACUGACCAUGAGCAAGUCCAGGAGACCAUGAUGCAGCUGCAGGAGCAUGGCAUUUUGGGGGAUAGCGACGACGAAGAUGAGUCUGAUGAAGAUGACCUCGAUGAUGAUGAUCACCUUGACUCGCAAACUGGCCGCGUGGUUACCCUCGAGGAUUCAUCGGACCAGGAAGAUGAUGUCGAUUCUCCCAUCAUCGAGGUUUUGGAGGAUGAUGACGACCUCGAGGAGGCCCCUGAGCUCGUGCUCAAUGCCAAGCGAGGCAAGGGUGCUUCCAACAGCAACAAGCGUGCCAAGAUUGAUGAGGAGGACGACGAGGAAGACGAAGAGGAUGACGUGGCCGGCCAGGAGGAAAGCAAGUUGCAAUUGACCAUGGAUGUCAUGGAAGAUGAGGACGAUGAGGACGACGAGGAUGAUGAAGACGCCGAGUUGGACUUGAGCAUGACCGUGCCCGAUGAUGAGGAUGAUGAAGACGAUGAGGAUGAUGAAGAGCUCGAUGAUGAUGAGGAGGAGGACACACCAGCGUCGGCCGUGAAGACACCGGUGACCAAGAAGGCUGCCAAGAAGACGGCUGCCAAGUCAGAGACCCCUAGCAAGGCCAGCAGCGGUUCAGCCCAGUUUGAGGAGUACCUGACGCGUCUCAAGUCUACUCCCAAUCGCCCGAAGAAGCAGAGCAAGUUUUUCAACUUUUGCCGCAACACGUUCAAGCUGGAAGACGAGGCCAUGAUUGGCCAGCUCUGGGAGAACUUUAAGAACUAAGAGGUGGACGUGCGGUGUGCGUGUCCUUGUUUGGUCUUCUGUUUGUCUUUCAUGUUUCCUAUUUCUUUGCCGAUGGACCCGGCAACCAAGAAACUAACCGGUAUACAUCUCGCCCGCCUCGAUUUUUUUCCUUGUAAGUUCCUCGAGGCGUUUGGCGCUUGAUCCAUCCGACUGGCUCGUGUCUGUAAUCCUUUCUGGAGCUUUUUGCUGUCGGAUUGCAACAAUUGGGAUGGCCAAAAAGG